UUAAAUUUUGCAUGAAACAUGACUGGAGUUUCGUAGGCUGUUUUACUGAAAUGUUGUUUUACUGAACAAUUACAUUUAUAUUUUUAGCCUCAUUAAAUUGAUAACAGCGGCAAACUCUUAUAUCGAAUACUAUAGGCCGCUAGUCGGUAAAUGAGGGGAUUGAAUGAAACGGUUUGGUGUGUGGGCGUUGUGAACCAUCAAGUUUGAAAGUUAAAUGCAAUCCUUAGCGGUGGGAGACAAAUUAGUCUUUCUCAAGUUUGAAAAUGGAUCUUCGCAGUCGAAUUUGCGAUAUUUCCAACUUUCUCACCAAUUCUCGUGCCCUUCAAGAUUGCUUUCAAGCUAUAAUGAUGCAUACAUGGAUCGUUUGAGAGAUGAGAUGAGGAAGACGGAGGCUGAAAUUGCUUCCCUAUCUGAUGAAAUUGAUAGUCUUAGAAGAUUGUAUGUUGAAGGUUCUUGUCAUUUGGAAGUUAAUCUUGAGUCAUUGCGCAAUGUUGUGGAGAAGGCUGAAUUGGAGACACAGGGACUAGGACAAGCAGAAACAGGCGAUGUUUUUAACUCUAGGCAAGAAGUGAAGCCAUAUCAUGAUGACUACUUUGAGGUCUUGAAGCUGAAAUACCAAAUUGAGAAGAAUAAUAGGACAUUAAAGUCCUUUCAAAAUCUAGACCUCAACUUGAAGAGGAUUGAGACUUUAGAAAACAUUGAAGAAGCAUUAACUGGUUUGAAGGUGAUUGACUUUGAAGGAAUAUAAUUAGGAUGUCAUUGAGAACAUCUAUUCCAGUUGUUGAAGGUGUCAUGUGCCAACUGAGUGUUGAAGAUGAUAAUAUCAAGCUGUCUGAAGUUAACCAUGAGUUGUUAAUGGAGCUCAUAGAUGGAACCAUGGAGCUUAAGAACGUUGAGCAAGCUAUUUUCAGUGUUGUUGCUACCUCAGACAAGAACCUUCUUGGGAUGGUUUUUGCAGAAAGUCCAAGAUAGAAUUGUCAUGUGCACAGUAAGACAUAUUAUGGUGAAAAUUGCUAAUAAAUCAAGGU